UGCUGUGUGCACUUCCUCGUUGUUAUCCCCGUUACUAGGGUGACCGCUAAUCUCUUUCAGCGGUUGGUGGAGACCGUGUGACAUAAGAGCGUUAUCGGGAAUUCCUCUCCCCUCGGGGCUCCGUGUGACGGCAAAAGGAGGUAGCUUCAGUUAAUGCCGGGAGAAAGCAGCACGCAUUUUAUACACGUGAGGCGCUGAAGUUUCCCAUGUUUCCUGAACGUAUAUCCAUCCGAGCGCAGCUCCGCAGAUGAGGAAGAUGUGUCUGUGCGGAGUUUAGACUUGAAUGAAAUGACAAAAGUUAGAGAAGAGAUACCAUGGUCGUUAGAAUCUUCUUCUCUGGUUCCUGCUUAUAGGCACAACAUCUGAGAUCUGUACUGACCUGACCAAGGAAGACUUAAAAAGGGCCCAACAUGUUCCCUGAUGCCCUGGAAGCAGCCGGGUGUGUAGAGGGUCUGUCACUGCCCUCUCUGCAACCGCUGCCAGAACUGGAGGAAGAAGAAGCAGAGGCUUCAUUGGAGAGGGGACCAAAGAGGCCAGGACGCUACAGGAAAAGCCUUCAGCUUUUAAAGCCCUUCAGGAUAAGGCACAAGCACCAGCAUCCAGUCGAUAAUGCUGGCCUCUUCUCAUUUAUGACUCUGCACUGGCUCUCGCCGCUGGCAGUGAAAGCCUACAAGGCGUCCAGCUUGUCUAUAGAUGAUGUGUGGGGACUGUCUUGCCACGAAGCCUCUGCAGUCAACUGCCAAAGGCUUGAAUAUUUGUGGCAUGAGGAGCUCAAACGAAGCGGGCGAGAGGGGGCAUCCCUGACAAGAGUCUUCUGGAGGUUCUGCCAAACCCGUACGCUGGUGGCCGUGUUCUCCCUGCUUCUCACAAUGGUGGCCGGCUUUGUUGGGCCUGCUAUCCUGGUUAAAUCUCUGCUGGAGUAUUCCCAGAGCUCAGAGAGCUCUGUGUGGUAUGGCCUGUCUCUGGCAGCCGGGCUCUUCCUCAUGGAACUGAUACGCUCCUGGUCUCUGGGACUCAUGUGGGGCGUCAAUUACCGCACUGCAGCACGCCUCCGUGGGGCCGCUCUUACCCUGGCCUUCCACAAGAUCCUCCGUCUGCGCAGCACUAAAGACAUCAGUCCGGGCGAGCUGAUCAACAUCUGCUCCAGUGAUGGCCAGCGGCUCUAUGAAGCAGUGUGUAUGGGCUGCCUUCUGGCUGGAGGGCCACUUGUAGGAAUACUGGGUCUGUCUUACACUGCAUUCUUCCUGGGCCCCACGGCUCUGAUAGGGUCAUCCAUUUUCAUCAUCAUUUACCCUGUCAUGAUGCUUGCAUCGAGGUUGACGGCAUAUUUCCGCAAGAAGUGUGUGACAGUCAGCGACCAGCGCGUGAGGCUGAUGAACGAGAUCUUGGGCUGCAUAAAGUUCAUCAAGAUGUAUUGUUGGGAAGAUGCCUUUGCAAAAAACAUUCGCAAGGUGCGGUUAGAAGAGAGGAGCAUACUGGAGAGGGCCGGGAACGUCCAAAGCAUCACAGUGGGACUGUCUCCUAUCACUGUGGUGCUCGCAAGCGUGUGCACUUUCUCCUUACAUAUGGCCUUAGGUUAUGACCUAACUGCAGCUGAGGCUUUCACUGUGGUUGCAGUUUUCAAUGCUAUGACCUUUGCCCUGAAAGUCACACCACUGGCGGUGAGGUCACUAUCAGAGGCUGCUGUUGCAGUCAAAAGAUUUCAGAGGCUCUUCAUGAUGGACGACAGAGAGGAGGUUGUAGAAAAAAUGGAGGAUCCUGGCAACGCCGUAGAAUUUCAGGUUGCCACGCUGGCUUGGGAAAAGGCAAAAGGCAAAAAACCAAACCCGGCUCCCAAGAAGCGAGGAGUAAUGAAGCAUGUGCUGCGAAGGGAAAAGCUUAGCUUGUACAUUUCCACAGAGGAUGGCAAAGGAAACAAGGAAAACCCCAAUGUCCAAAGUCUCCUCACAAAUAUGGAGCAGGAGAGUCCACAAAGUACCGUCUCCUCCACUCAAAGCAUACGCCCCCCGCUGCACAAGACCCUGCACCGAAUUAACCUGCGUAUAAAGAAGGGGUCGCUGGUUGGAAUCUGUGGAGGUGUCGGGAGUGGAAAGAGCUCUCUUCUGUCUGCUCUGCUGGGACAGAUGACGCUGUUAGAAGGAAAAGUUGCUGUCAGCGGUGGCUUCGCAUAUGUGUCCCAACAAGCCUGGAUCCUAAAUGAUUCUCUCAAGGAAAAUAUCUUGUUUGGAAAUAAGUAUAACCCAGACAAAUACAAUGCAGUGCUGGAAGCAUGCUGUCUACUCCCAGACAUUGCAGAGCUCCCAUAUGGAGACAUGACAGAGAUUGGCGAGAGGGGUGCCAACCUGAGUGGAGGGCAGCGUCAGCGAGUGAGCCUGGCGCGUGCACUCUACAGUGAGCUGCCCAUUCUUCUCCUGGAUGACCCUCUCAGUGCUGUUGAUGCCUGUGUGGGCUCCCAUAUCUUCAGUAAAGCCAUUCGGGGGGCCGCUAAAGGCAAAACCAUACUCUUUGUAACGCAUCAGCUGCAGUAUCUCCCUGAGUGCGAUGUUGUUAUUCUGAUGAAGGACGGCCAGAUUGCUGAGCAUGGUACCCAUGCGCAGCUAAUUGGUAAAGACCGCAACUAUGCCAUGCUAUUCAACAGCAUGCAACAGGAGAAUCUGGUGAAAGAGAAACUAAAAAGCAAAGAGCAGAGGGUAGGUGGAAAAAAGGCUGACAGUGCAGUUGAUGUUGCCAAGGUCGGCCCAAAGGUGGAAAGCAAGAAAGGAGAACCACUGAUGAAAGCUGAAGAGAAAGGCUCUGGUGCAGUCCCGUGGUCUGUUUACGGAGCCUACAUCAAAGCAGCGGGAGGCCCAGUAGUCUUCGUCAUCAACAUCUUCUUCUUCUUUUCCACCACAGGCAGCCUAGCUUUCAGUAACUGGUGGCUGAGCCACUGGAUCAGACAGGGCAGCGGGAACACAUCAUUAAUCUCGGUGAAUGAAACAAUAGCGAGCAACAGCAUGAGACUCAACCCUCAUAUUCGGUACUAUUCAACGGUUUACAUCAUCUCCAUGGGAGCUGCUUUGUUGCUGAAGACAAUCAGAGGGUUGGUGUUUGUGAAGUGCACGGUGAAGGCUGCCUCCGUGCUCCACGACAAGCUGUUCAGCCGGAUCCUCCAUUGCCCUAUGCACUUUUUUGAUACAACACCUCUGGGUCGUAUCCUGACCCGCUUCUCUAGGGACAUGGACGAGGUGGAUGUGCGUCUCACCAUGCAGGCUGAGAUGCUCCUGCAGAACCUGUCCCUGGUGCUGCUUUGCUUGGGAAUGGUGGGCAUGGUCUUCCCCUGGUUCCUCAUUUCAGUCCUGCCUCUGGGAGGCUUCCUCUACAUUGUCAAUCAUCUUUCCAGGGUACUACUUCGUGAACUAAAGCGCCUGGAGAACAUCAGCCAAUCACCAUUCACCUCUCAUAUCACCAGCAGCCUUCAAGGACUCUCCACCAUCCAUGCCUAUGGAAGAGGGCAUGAUUUCCUCCAAAGAUACCAGGAAUUGCUGGACACCAACCAGGCCUCAAACUACCUCUUCAGCUGUGCAAUGCGUUGGCUGGCUAUCCGCCUGGACCUCAUCAGUAUCUCCCUUAUCACUGCUGUAGCACUGCUCAUUGUCUUCAUGCACAAUCAGAUACCUCCAGCCUACGCAGGCUUGGCCAUAUCAUAUGCAGUGCAGCUGACUGGCUUGUUUCAGUUUACCAUGCGGCUCCUCACAGAGACAGAAGCUCGCUUUACAUCUGUUGAGAGGAUCAAUCAUUAUAUAAAGACUCUUGAGAGCGAAGCACCUAGACAAAGUCCUGAGGCUGCCCAACCUGCCCCCUCCUGGCCUCCGGAGGGAAAGAUCACCUUUCAGGAUGUGGAGAUGCGUUAUCGCAAUGAUCUGCCGCUGGUGCUUAAGAACCUGUCUUUCACUAUCCUGCCUGAAGAAACCAUCGGCAUUGUGGGCCGCACAGGAUCAGGAAAGUCCUCCCUAGGAGUAGCUUUGUUCAGACUUGUGGAGCUGACUGGGGGCUCUAUUAUCAUUGACGGAAUCAAUGUUGCACAGAUUGGUCUGGAUGACCUGCGGAGCAAGCUAGCCAUUAUUCCUCAAGAGCCUGUGCUCUUCAUCGGUACUAUCAGGAGCAAUUUAGACCCAUGGGAUCAAUACUCUGAUGCUGAGAUCUGGGAAGCUCUCGAGAAAACACAUAUAAAAGAAAUGGUCAGCCAGCUGCCUCAUUCACUCCACUCAGAGGUGACAGAGAACGGAGAGAACUUCUCAGUGGGAGAGCGGCAGCUCCUCUGUGUGGCCAGAGCCCUGCUGAGAAACAGCAAGAUCCUUUUAUUGGAUGAGGCAACAGCAGCCAUUGACACUGAGACAGAUCGUCUCAUCCAGGAGACCAUUCGCACUGCGUUUGGCAGCUGCACUACUCUCAUCAUCGCCCAUCGUCUCAACACAGUGAUGAGCUGCAGCAGAGUCAUGGUCAUGAACAACGGCCAGAUUUUGGAGUUUGACAGUCCCGUUGCCUUGCUGGCAGAUGAAAACUCAAGAUUUAGAGCCAUGGUAGAAGCAUCAGAAAACCAAAACAGAUAAAACACGCUGGAGCUGAACUUUGGACGUGAGCUGUGAUCCUACAAAAUAUCCAGCUGAAUAAAUGAUUUGCACACAUGCACACACACCAAUCCUGCCAAGUGUGAAAAUGAUGAGUAAAGAAAUCCACUGAUGGUUAGUCCAUGCAACCGUGUCCGUUUAUUUCCUCACCAAAGACACAGAGACAGCACUUCCUAACAGCACAUCAAAUCUCAGUAUGCUAAGUGAGAUCUAUCAGCCACCUGCUCUUUGCCGCCGUGUCACAGGAGUUGUUUCCUGGGGGCCAAACAAUUAACUGCAAGUGAAACAGAGCUGUGUCUCUGACAAAUAGCACUUUAUGUGUCAUGUGGACACUUGGAAGGACGUAGGAUGGUUCUUUUUUUUCUCUGGAGGUCAGUUAAUCAGUCAGACACUAAAUUAGUUUUAUUUCCAUGACUGAAACCUGACAGUCCGGGAAAUUAAUGUUAGGCAGAAAAUGGUGUGGAUCAGAUUUAAUUUCUUAUUUGCAAUGCUACUGAUGUUUAUUUGUUUAUGUCAGGAAUUUAUUUGUUUGAAUUAAUUAUUAAAUGCAGUAUAUUUGAAAAAAUCAUCUUCUAUCCAUUCCUCAAAAUGACUUUCCAAAAGAGGCUAAAAUGUUUGUGUUUUUUGUUGUUGCUAUAAUGAGAUAACUUCAGUAAAUUAUUGCAGAUGUGAUAUGUGCCUAGACCUGUAAACAAUUCCAGGUUAUAUAAUGGAGUUAGCCAUGUAAGCAUGCUUUUUUUUUUAGACUGCAUGCAAGCACUGUGUUUUCAAAUUAGCUCAUCUUUUCAAAUGCUGGAGUUGAAUGUUUUACCAGCAAGAUCAUUUAGGUGUUGAGGUAUGGUGUGUGGUUUGCAACAAAGCUGAAAACAA